AUGCUGGAAUACAAGAGUGAAAGUUGUAUUCUUGACCUCUCCAGGCAUCCUUUCAUUCAGGGAAAAAUGUGGUUUGCUCAGCUCAAGGAUGCUGGGUUUUCAUUUAGCCACGAUAUCAAUAGUCAUUUGGCCAACCUCUCCAUUGUUGGAAACACGAUCCUCCCUGCUAUUAAGCAGAAGGCUCUGGAUAACUUGAAUGCAAGUGUUGAAAAUCAGGGCCAGAUUAAGAUGUACGUCAAUGAAGUGUGUCGGGAGACUGUGUCACAUUGCUGCAACUCAUUUCUGCAGCAGGCCGGAUUAAAUUUGUUAAUAAGCAUGACAGUUAUUAAUAACAUGCUUGCCAAGUCCGUUUCAGACGUGAAGUUUCCUUUGAUAUCAGAGGGAAGUGAAUGUGCUGAGGUUCAGGUUUUGAAACUGUUGAUAGGUUUGUCUGAAAAGCCUGUCUUGGCAGGGGAAUUGCUGGGGGCCCAAAUGCUGCUCUCCUUCACGUCCCUCUUUAUCAGGAACGCCAACAGACAGGUUCUCCCCCAAACCCUGGCCUCUUAAAUGGCCACCUCGAACAGAAUGGAACCGAAUCCACCCAAAACCCUUCUGGUGAACACACACUCGUGUCGUUCUCAUGCAGAGAAUCUGCAGUGGAUGCCAUCGGAGAUCCAGCCUUAGCCAAUCACCACAUCAUGGGGUGAAAGUUACACUUGCUAAAUCGAGGACCACACUCUUAGGGGCCAGGCAAGGGUUCUCACAGAGCUUUGAGUGACUCCUUGGUUUUGCAGUCAGUCUGCAGGCAACGUGCAUUGUCAGUGACUCCCUUGCGGCCUUCCUCGUGUGGCAAAGGGAUCCUUUCAGCUGCCAGCUGUGGCUACAGAACAUCAUAUUAGAGCAUCGCGAGGGAUGCCUUGCCUGUGCUGGUCUCCCUGUCUAAGCUGGACCGUUUUGGGGAGACCAGACGCAUAUCGGGCUCGUGCUGAAAAUGCAUCUGUUGCUGCUUAGGUUGAAUUCUUUUUCCUUUACUCCUCCUUUGCGAGGUGAUGGAUGGUGAACCCGUUGAUCCAAAAAGUACACUGCCUUUCUCUGUGCUGUACUGACUUAACUUCACCCACCCAAGCCUAUGUUUGUAUGUAUCAUCAAUAAAGUUGUGUGCUUUGAUUGACAAAAGCAAGA